CAUGAGCUGUCCCACCUCCUGCUCCUGCUCAGCUGAGUGCCAGGUCCUGAGGCCUCCACACAGGACCUGUUGUUGUGCCCUGAGGUGGUGAGGGAUCAGCGGGGUGUUGCUCCUGCCUCUGAGAGCAGCUCGGCCUGGUUUGGCUUUGCCUGAGCUUCCCUGUAGGCAAAAGGCCAAGCAGAGCUUGCUUCUGGCUGAGCAGGAGGCUGUGACCUCGCGAAUGAGUAGGCCUCAAGGAGCUCCUGCGGGGCCCAGCUGCUGUGGGCACGGCCAAGGUCAUCUUCAGCACUCAGCCUGUCCUAAAGGCUGAGGGGCCUCAUUCCUGAGGCCAUCACAGUAGCUUAUAACAUGAGCUGCUGCUCCUGAAAGGCUGAAGGGCAUUGUUUAGGCAAAGUCCUGCUUAAAGCUGGACAUCUGGGCUCUGCUGGAAGCACACUAUUCUUCCUGUUCUGGAGAGAGCAGCUGAUGAUAAAAAUUGAUGCCAGAACCCAAGAUGCCUUUGAUGUUUGCAAGGAUGAAAGCUUGUGUUGAAUGUCACGGAGUGUUCAUUGCCAAGAACAGCAAGGUUUUGUUUUUCCUGCUGCCCUUAAUGUUUCUAGAAAACAAUCAUUUCUCUUGGUUAGAGUUUUCUGAUCCCUGUCUCCUCUGACUGUUUCUCCAUGUGCUUAGAUUGCAGUUUAGACUUUUAGUUUAGUGCAGGCCAUCUGCGCUGCAGGGCUGCUUGUCUUGCUGCUGCUGUUUUUGAGGUGGUGCUGGUGCGGUGGUGUUGUUGUUUCCCGACUGACUGAGUUGAGAGGGCCCAGUGUCCCAGAGAGUGGGGCUGCCUUUGUGAUCUGCUGCAGGGUGUGAUCUCUUUUGAAGUGAGCAUCUUUCCUUGGGCUUUUUACAGAGAUGCUGGUGAGCAAGGGAGAUCCUGAGGCGAAAUACACAGAAGUGGAAACUCUUGGCAAAGGGUGAGUGCAGCCACAGUUCCUUCUUCAAAGCAAGGGGCUGUGCGUUUUGCUGGUGUCACAUCUCCCUGGAGUGACAAUCUCCAAAGCUGCUCAGACACUGCGUUAAGAUGAUGCCUGGUGAUCUCUCAGUGCUGGCCAGCAUUUAUACCUGUGGUCUAAAGGCACAGCAUAGACACCGGGAUGCUGACAAUGUCUUUCCUGCAGCAAAGAGCAGCACCUGGCAGAUCUCCUGUCCCUCAAGUGUGUUUGAACCUGUUUGCCGCUUUUUGUAGGAGAAAUAAUUUUUGAGUGUCUCAAAAUAAUACAAAAUACGUGGGAAUGAAAGGAGGAGAAACCCCAUUGCCUCAAAGGUCAAGUUAGCUAUCAGGAAGCAGCUCUCGGUAACAUUUCUUUCCUGUAUUUUGCUGAAAACAAGAUUCAGUGGUCAGGAUGACCACCACCUAGUCUAGAAGCCAAAAGCAGAAAUGAAAGCAGCACCUCUCUUUUGUGACUGAGGUGGCAAAAGACAAAGCUUCAGGGGAAUGCCCAGUGCCAAUGCACUCUAGAGGAAAAGGCAUCAUUUGCCUGAUGGCAGACCCCUCAUGGAUCCUGUGGGGUUUAGGCCUUUGCUGCAAAGAAUCCACCAAGCUGUUCCCCUUGAAAGCCAGCUCUGCUGACUGUAGAUGGGAUUGAUUUGCAACAUUUUCUCUGUACCAUGUGUCCUGGUUUAGGGCAAUUUUGGGAGGAAACCUCCCGACAGGGCCCCUCCCAAAAGGAAACCCACAUGGCCACUGCCCCCAGCCGGUGUGGGAACAAUUUCCUUGGAGAUAAGUGGAAAGAAGUUGUUUAUUUAACAGGCAAAGCACUCCCCAGCACACAAAAUGAACAAUACUGGAUGUCAAAACUCAUUUGCUGCUCUGAAGAGAUGGCAAGUUCAGAAAGUCUCUCCUGGGGUUUGUCACUGUGUUAUCUGUCCCUCCAGUGCUGGGAAAGGCUGCAGAGUAGGCCCUGGUGGGCUACAAAGUGUGAGCUCUCGAUGUUUUGCCGGGUCCCAGUCUGGAGCAGGUUCGAAUGGUUCCAAGAAAGGGGAAAGAAAAACAGUAAAGGGAAAACUCAGACUGCCUUAGCCAGCUAAACUAACUAACUAACUAAAAAGCAAAAGGAGUGUGGUGCUCUACCCCAACUGUGCCUAGACAACAACACUGGAGUUCCGUGUUCCAGCAGACUGCGGGGCAGAGUGCAGUUGAUAACAAAACUCUGUGCUCCCUCUUCUCCUGACACCUACUGUCUGAUCCAGUCUUGGAGGCACAGAAUAUAACAUCCAGCAUAAACAGAACAUGUGACUGGGGGUGCAAGCAUCAUAAUGUCACCCCAGAACAGAAGCCAAAUGUACAAGAAGUCACCAGAAAAGCAGAGUCCUUCCAGUGUCAGGUGCACUGAAGAGAAGCAGCUGCCAAUGGUUCUGGACCCAGAGCACAGCUGUCUAAGGAUCCUGUGUUUUGAGGACUUCUCCAUUUGUGUGUGCAGCAAGGGAAGCCUUUGCCUGCUCUGGCUGUGGCUGGACACUAUUUUCCCUGCAAGCUGGAAAAGGAAUCUGUGUCUAGAGGAUUUCCUCCAAUGGCUGUUACAGGGCUUCAGGCUUCUCAGAAGGCCUGAGUGGUGGUGCUUGGGUUUAGCAAACAGACUCCAAGGAGAGAUGUGAGAAGACCCAACUGGUAAAUUCCUGGAAGAAUCAGACACAUGGACAGAUAGAGAAAAGAAAAAGGAGAAAAGACCCAGAGAAGAAUCUGUCGUGUUCCACUUACUGUUUGCCCAAGGACUUUUUUCCCGUUGGACUGCAGUGUUUUGCACUUGCAGGGACUAAAGGAUAUCUUUCUCUGCUGCUGUUUUGUUUCUAGGGGUUUCGGCACUGUGUGCAUGGCAGUGGAGUCUGCCACAGGAGAAGAGGUGGCCAUCAAGAAAAUUAGUCUCCUGCAAGGGAGCAGCAGUGAGCUGUGCCUGAAUGAAAUCCAGGUCAUGCGUGGCACUAAGAAUGCCAACCUUGUGAACUAUGUAGACAGCUACCUGGUGGACGAGGAACUCUGGCUCGUGAUGGAAUACAUGGACGGAGGUUCUUUACAUGAUGUCAUCAGGGAGACUCACAUGGCAGAAGGAGAGAUAGCAGCUGUCUCUCGGGAGUGCCUGCAAGGCCUGGAUUUCCUGCACUCCAAUCAAGUGAUCCACCGCGAUAUCAAAAGCCACAACAUUCUCCUGGGCUUGGAUGGAUCUGUCAAGUUGGCUGAUUUUGGCCUUGCUGCUCAGCUCACUGCUGAGCAGAGCAAACGGAGAUCAGCUGUUGGGACUACUUACUGGAUGGCGCCAGAAAUUUUCACCAGGAAGCCCUAUGGCCCCAAAGUGGACAUCUGGUCUUUUGGAAUUGUGGGGAUCGAGAUGGUGGAAGGAGCGCCUCCGUACCUGAUGAAAACCUCCCGCACGGUACGCUGCAGCUGCUCUCAGAUACUGCUGUCACCCUGACAAAAUCUGCUCCCAUCCUUCUGCCUGGGAAGCUUGCCAACACCUGAAAAUGAUAGGUUCCAGGCUGCACAGUCUCUUGUGCUUCUUGGCCAGAUCAUCCCCUUGCCAUUUUUGUGCAUGAACAACACCAAAAAAUCGUGAUGCCUUUUGCUUGGCAGAAGCUUUGCCUCAGGGAGCAGGGAGCAGUGCUGAGCUGCAUUUUGUGGAAUAAUCCUUGGAAAUAGUAGAAUGAGAUGGAAGUCCUUCUUUUAAAAUGCCUGAAGAGGUGGUGUCAGUGCUCAGAGAAGCAAAGUGUGCUGUUGCUGAUGGAGCUGCUGCUAAUUCCAGCAGCCAGUGAAAUCAGGGGUCAAGGCAAGAGCCUUUGCAUACUGGACUGGCUAUGGCUGCCUCUGGCUUUGGGUUGUUUUAGUAGGGCUAGGAAAGGCAUCUGGCACCCUGUGGCAGGGAGUAAAGUGCCACUGGAGAGUGGAGCUUGUCCAGUGGGGUCUGUGUGAGCAGUUUGGGGUGCAAAGGAGACAGGUAGAGUGUGGCAUUUCCUUCUUCUCUAGGUUCAACAGCUGAUAAGCACCGGGGCCCCCCCGAAGCUGCAGAAGCCCAGGCAGCAGUC